GUUGGUCUCUCAACAUAGGCUACCUCAAAUGACAAAUGCUUGAUAGGACGUAGGCUAUCAAAUAGUCUAAAUAUAGGUUGUGAUUUAUGGUAUAGCAUAUAUCCAAGGCAUGUAGGCUAGUGUGUGCGAGUUGGUUUUACUAGAACAUCGGAAAAUAUAAAACGUAUACAGAAGACUCAAUAUACCCAGCCGUAAGUUAUUAACUUUGAAACAGUUCUGUGAUUCUUCAAAAUGAACCUAAUCGGAAGCUAUAACCAUCACCAUAUCAUGCAUGAGACAUUUUCUUUCGCGCAACGGUGUCACCAAGACAACCCCUACCUCCGUAGCUGGUUGAAUAACGGAGAGCACCCUAUAGAUCUCCAAAUACACACAUCAAAUUGGACAGAAUUUGGAGAGGCUGUAUCGGUCCAUGGGAACCAGCAAGACUCCUUUGCAGCCGAGAUGGUCCAACGGCGAACAAGUGCUCCUAAAAAGGAGCGGCGGAGGACAGAGAACAUUAAUAUCGCAUUUGCUGAAUUGAGAGACUGCAUCCCCAACGUUCCCUCGGACACGAAACUGUCCAAGAUAAAAACAUUAAGACUUGCCACAAGUUACAUUUCCUACCUCAUGAAUGUUUUAUCCAGUGGAAGUGCGACUGAGGGGUUCAGGGCUGAACUGCAGAAUUGUGACAACACAGACUCAAAAAGAAAACGAGAGAUUAGAGAAGUUAUAAAGAAUGAAGACAAGCCAGAGGAAUAUUGUCGUGAAAAGAAAUUAAAAGGACGAACUGGAUGGCCGCAGCAAGUUUGGGCACUUGAGUUAAAUCCGUGAAGGGGGUUAGCCUACGAAGAAGCCAAGUGCUAAACUGCCUAAAUUGGCUACGUGCAAUCAGAUUAUUUAUAGAACUUCAUAUCUGCUUCAAAUGUGUUUAUCGUUGUUUCAUUUUUAUGCAACGACUUCCAUAAACUUUGUCACAUGUUUGCCUAUAAGCCUAUAUCACAGAUUCCACAUCAUAUCACAAAUAAUUAUACCUCAAGGAUAUUUGAUUUUUAAUUUAAAACUGAAUCUGGAUUGAAUUCAGGAUUUAAAUUAAAUCAUUUUGGAAAAUUGCUAGCGUCUCCAACCGAACUCUCAGGGCAAUGACGCUCGCCAUCCCCAAAUGGAUAAGUCCACUUUAUUAACUUUUGAUGGGGAAUAAAAGUUCAGCUUUUGUAAUUGCUGAUUUGUCUUUUAAACAAAUUACAAAAUUAGGCCUAUCAAAAUUGUAAAAGUUUACAAUAAGAAAUGAAGUUGACACAAAAUUACAAGUGGUACUAUUGUCUUCGCACUUGCGUUUUUACGCAUAUUUUUGAGUCCUUUUUUGUCAUUUAUUGACUAUUACCUCACCUGAACUUUUGACUUAUGUCAAUGAAUUACACAUGAUGCUUGACGUAUUUUUCACUGCACAAAUGGAAUGUUGUAAUGUGAUAAGAAUGGCAAUAGCCUGUA